GCAACGAAGAUUUACAAUCGAGAACAUCGAAGAGACUUUAACACAGAGUACCGGAGGGUGGAACGAAUCAGCAGCCACGAAGGUGGAACGAUAAAUCUGUGCACAGAUAACUGGACGUUUAGCUUCCAGAUUCUUCAAAGCAAUAACGACUCGAGCACGACAUGAAAUUUAGCGAAGGACACUCGUGCAUAAGUGCAUGUGAUUCAUUUAGGUAUUCGUUCGUUUGUAAGAUUAGAGGUCGAAGAUUCAACUAACUGAUAACAGAUAAAAAUAAGUGUCCAGUUAUAAAUUACUUUGCGCACAACUCUAGGAAAUGUAACAGAGCUUUCCAAAGAAUAAUCGUUGGAAGAAUUUUCAAGAAUCUGCGACUUUCCAAUCUUUCCCACCUAUGAUCACCCACCCAUGACUACGCUCGACUAUCGAUAAUAACCAUUAAAAGAAAGAGAUAUACCGUGAUUCCUUAACCAGAUACAAAACAUACCCACUUAAGUUUCACCGGAAUAACAAUCGAAACCUCGGCGAAUUGGAGCGUGAACCUGGUUCGUGUUCCAUAUAAUUUUCGAAAAAAUUCUUCGCCUUAGCAUCCAGCUCGCUAAACACGCGGUGUAAUUUUCUACGGAGGUGGUAGUUGCGAUCAAUCGACUGUCACGGGCCGCGUGUUCUAGGGCCGCGAGUUUACGGCCAUGAACUUCCUCCUGACGACGGGCAUCCUUGAUCGUGGCCCCCGAUUCAUCUUUUAUGGUCGCCGGUCGUCUGAAUGAAAAGUGAAAAGCGGACGUCGUGGGAGCAGCGAAAAGAAAUGCGUUGGUUUCGUGGCCACGCCGAGGCGCCAAGACUUUUAAGCUUAAGUCCUCUUCAAGCUGAUGAAGACCUUGACGGAGCAUCUUACCACUUUCAUGCCACGUCUCAGUACAGAGAUUUGUCUCCGGUGCGAUGGGCUCGCCGAAAAUCGUCGAGUUCGGAAUCGGAACGAAACUGCUACAACGUGCAAACAUCGAAAGUGACCACCGAGCGGAGUCCCACCAAGAAGAAUAAGAAAAGGAUUCAGCAGGAGAGGCGGAGAGUCUGCGAGAAACGGAAUCCUCUUUUGGAUCGUGUAAAGAACGCCAGACUAAGCUUCUUCAAGGAUCGAGAUUCCGACGACGAAGACCAGGAGGAAGCCGAAAAUCCGGAGAAGUCGCAGCUUCGUUCUAUGUGCGAAUUGGACCAACGUGGCCUAACUAGAAACGAAUUUCGUAGAUCUGUCUGCGAGUCUGAUUUGAAAGAAAUUAUCGAAGAAGAGAAGACUCAGGCGAAGAGGAAAAGACGUUCGAAAUCACAAACCAGAUUGCCUUAUCGAAAGCAGCAAGAAGAACGCUUCCCUUUCGUAGGUUUUCGACAGUCUGCUGGCCAAAAGGUAGGAAACUUACCUAAGGAUGUCAACCAGGAAAGCGCUGCUCAACAGAAUCGCAAAUGGCGGAAGAACAAAGAGUUCUUUCAGGAUCAUCAGACACCUAAACGAUCGAUGGAUCACGUUUUGGAAGGUUCUACCAGUCGUCUAGAAGACCCAUCUUUCAAAGAUGGUUCUCAAUUCGAUAGCAUAACACCAUCGAGCUGUUUAGCCGCUAAGUUUCGAGCAAUGCAGGACAGGUACCUAAAAAGUUCCACUAGUAAGAUAAUAGCGAAGAUCUACAAGAAGGAAGGUAAAGACAAAGAAAGACGAAGACUGAGAAGCUUCUCGUACGGUACUCUGCCAGGCCUCGAGGAACUCCGGACGAAUCCGCUUUACGAAGAACAAGAUCAAGAUGAUAACGAUUCUGGGAUUCUGGAUAACGACUCUGCUACCAGCUCUUUGCUCGACGACAGGUGCAGUAGCAGCGCUUCCGGCUUGUUAACUGCUCUCAAUGAUUCGUCCCUAAAUUCUCCGCCUCAGCUACCACCGAGAAAACCUUCUUCCUCUAUCGUAGAUGUAGAGAAAACUUCAAGGCUGUUUUCCACCCUGGAUAUCUACUGUAGCAGAAAUGAGGGCAGGCGUUGCGGGAGGAAUGCGUCCGAAAUGAAUACUCUCGAGGACUCUCCCGGGCAGAUUUGUCAAGCUGCGAACAACGAACUGAUAGAUCGACAGGAUCGUGAUGGUUCUAAGUCGCCUCAGGAAAAAGAUAUCAUCGAGAGGCUCGACGGUAAAAGUUCGUUAGGAUCGGAGAACUAUCAGACUGGCAGACUUUCAGUUAUCAGAAACAGACCUUACACUACUGAAAACAUCGUCGUGAAGCUCCCUAGGGAAAGUUCCGACCAGUGUUUAGGUAUUUUCAUCGCGAAGACGGCAGAGUCCAGUCCAGGUUACUUGGUGGCACACGUAGUACCCAAUGGUCUGGCUGAUAAAGAGGGUACCUUGAGGAUAGGCGACGAAAUCUUGAUAGUUAAUGGAAAAAGACUGCGAGGAUUAAGUAUGGUCGAGGCUAGAAAGAUUCUUGGAAGCGGGAAUGGUCCUGGCGACGUGGACAUCGUCGUCUCAAGGUAUUCCGCCGUAGACCAAUCCCCGAAAAAACUGACAGAGAGCAGCGUAGAUUACGAGAACGUUCACAUGGAAAAUGGUCACGGAGUUAUAGUCGAGAAUUCACCUAGUACACACUUUAGAAAGCAUCAAACGAAGCAUCAUCGGGAUAGGAAGAAUGAAUGCAAUAGAUCCACUUCUUCGGAUAAGGCCAUCAUGAGUGUGGACAAUGGCGGAUCGCAGAGCGUAUCAAAUUUUUGUACACUGCCAAGGAGACCUAGAAACACUGUUUCGACGUUCCUGACAGUCGUGUUUCAGAAAGGUCCUGGGAAUAAAUCGCUGGGAUUUACUAUCGUGGGUGGAAGCGACAGUCCUAAAGGAAGCAUCGGUAUCUUUAUAAAAUCGGUAUUGCCAGGAGGGCAAGCCGCGGAAGAUGGCCGUUUGCGUGCGGGUGACGAGAUCUUGGCAGUGAAUGGCCACGUUUGUCACGACUUGACCCAUAAAAAAGCCGUUCAGCUAUUCCGUAACAUUAAAACUGGACCGAUUGCCUUGCAUCUUUGUAGACGCGUGAAAAAUAAAGAACUACAGACAACGAAGGCUAAGUCGUGCGCAGAUCUUUUGCUCGUCGACACGUGAAGAGAAGCUGUACAAGAAGAUUGUAAAAACGAAGAAAAUACUUUGUGACCUCUGUAAAAAUGAAUUGGGAACCUGUACAUACUGUAAAUUUGUAAAGUCCCUUGAAAAUAAAAUUAUUAUUUAAUAACUGUUCAAAA